CAGGCCCACAUCAUUGCGCAACGGCGCCGCACUUUCCCAUCGUGGAACGGAACGGACGGAAUCAACGCCAACCGCCGCCGCCGAGCACCACACGUCGCGGGCCAUGGAGACCUCCGCCGCCGCCGCCGACGCCGCCGCAGGCGGUGCGCACUUGCCCAUAUGCAUCUCCUCCGACGAUGAAGAAGACGACGGGGGCGACCUCCUCUGCCUCGGCUCCUACAGCUCCGACGAGAUCCAGAUCCAGCAGGCCCUGCUCCUCUCGCUGGUGGGCUCCUCCGGCGGCGCCGCCGCCUCCGCUACCACCGCAGCCGAGGAACCCUCGACCCUCCCGGACCGCAAGGGCAAGCGCAAGGUGCCGUCGGCGGAAGGCCCCCGUCCACGCCGCGACGCGGCGGAGGAUGAUGCCCCGAGCGAAUCCACGAGCCGGCGGCGCCGGCGGUUCACGUGCAUCAUCUGCAUGGAGAAGGUGGAGGCCUCGGAGGAGUUCCUCGUGGGCGCCUGCGCGCACGCCUUCUGCGCCGGCUGCAUCGGGGGCUACGUCGCCGCCAAGGUCUCCGAGAACGUGGCCGUGAUCGGGUGCCCCGACCCGGGCUGCGAGGAGGGCUCCGUCGAGGUGGAGGCGUGCAGGGGCAUCGUCCCGCCGGAGCUGCUCGACCGGUGGGGCGUCUCGCUGUGCGAGCUGGCGCUGGGGGAGAAGAAGUGCUACUGCCCGUUCAAGGACUGCUCGGCGCUGCUGAUCAACGACGACGGCGGCGGCCGGGCGGCGCAGAUGGCGGAGGCGGCGUGCCCCCAUUGCCACCGGGUGUUCUGCGCGAGGUGCCGCGCGCCAUGGCACGAAGGGAUCGGGUGCGGCGACGGCGAGAACCGGGAGGAGGAUCUCGCGUUCAGGGCGCUCGCGGGGAAGGAGAAAUGGCAGAGGUGCCCCAGCUGCAGGAUGUACGUCGAGAAAUCUGAGGGAUACUUGUUCAUCAGGUGCAGGUGCGGAUGUUGCUUCUGCUACUCAUGUGCAUCCCCAAUGUCCAAGGAAGGCAGCCAUUACUGCAAGAAAUGCUAUGCUAUCGAUGAUGAUAAUGGCUACGUUGGACAGGCUCUUUUGUUCACGAAUUUGAUGGGACACUAUGAUCUGAAACGGAGAAUAAAUAAGGAGAGAUGGCAGAUGUCCUAAUUUUAAUAGUUAUUUAAUAUAGUUAUUUAAUAGUAUAAACAUUACAAUUAACUAUUAUAAAAAUAAAAAUAUGCUCAACAGACAUGAGAUGAUGAGCCGAUGAACUUCCAUGGGCUGCGUUCUUUUUGGGUGCCGGUUUAUCCUG